CCCAGUGCAAAUCGACAAAUUGCCCCUUAUCUUUCAGUGGUGCGGCGGUGCUACUGAAUGAAGGGGAGAUCUGGCAUUGCGCGAAGCGGCCCGCACCCUUGACUUGUAAAGCGAUCAAUCACCGGCCAUUCUGUCCUUCUUUCGAAAGGCCAUGUAUCGCUCAUCUUCCGCCCAUCGGGCUGUGCAGCGACGAUGAAUACGAAGCAAACGCCGUGGUCAGGCCACCUUGCCAGCUGUUGCCUUGCUUUCUCCUUCAGCUCGGCGCGUUUCUUCUCCCAUCCACACCUCUGCAUCACACAUCAACAUGCUUUUCCUCGGACUUCCUCACCUCAUCCUCGCGGCUCUCCUCGCCGGGAACGCAUGCGCUUUGCCCACUUCGGAGCUUGCCCAUGCGCCCGUCAAGCACAAGUACGUCCCCUACCACCGGCCCACGCUUUGCCUCAAGAGCAACGUAUACUGCCUGACCGUCGAGACAGACCAAGAUGGCGGAGGAGUUGAUUGGACAGCCAAGGAGGGCACCAUCUCCUGGACUCACCAAAAAGAUGGAGAUCCUUGGGUCACGUAUGCUUUCAACGCAAAGUUCAAAGGAAAUCUGCGCAUGACCUGUCGUCCUGACGUCUACUCGUACAUCAACGUUUGGCUUGGCUGGACCAAGGGAUGGAGCAACAUCACUACGGUCGACGACAAUGUCGCGGUUCAGACCUCGGACGGCAAAGUCAUGUGGGGUCGGCAUUUGGGCGGGUCCAUUGGGUCGGGCAUGCCUUGGGUCGAUUUUGCCAUAUGGUGUCAGGUGGUCUAGCUCGCUGCCCUUACCGUACAUGUGUUGUAUCUUUCCUAUCUCGCCAAGAAUGCCC